AUGGCAAACGGAGGGGACCAGUUCGGCCUUGCAGAGCGCCCGGACUCGGACUGCAUGGAUUCUCCAAAAGACACCAAACAGGAGAAUCCGAGCCUGACCUUGAACUCACCAUCUUCACCGCAGACAACGUCCAGCCAGCAGGUAGCAGCCUGCACUGAGGACCACCAUGGGAUGGAGGGAAUCAAAGUUUUCCUUCAUGACAGGGAGCUCUGGACCAAGUUUGAUGAAGUAGGAACUGAAAUGAUCAUCACCAAGGCCGGGAGGAGGAUGUUCCCCAGCUACAAAGUGAAGGUCACAGGACUGAACCCGAAAACCAAGUACAUCCUGCUGAUGGACAUCGUGCCCGGAGACGACCAUCGCUACAAAUUUGCGGACAAUAAAUGGUCCAUAACGGGAAAGGCAGAGCCCGCGAUGCCCGGGAGGCUCUACGUUCAUCCGGACUCUCCCGCCACCGGGGCGCACUGGAGCCGUCAGCUGGUCUCUUUUCAAAAGCUAAAACUCACCAACAACCACCUGGACCCGUUUGGACACAUAAUACUCAACUCCAUGCACAAAUACCAGCCUCGGCUCCACAUCGUCAAGGCGGAUGAGAACAACGGCUUCGGCUAAAACACAGCUUUCUGCACUCACGUCUUCUCUGAGACCGCCUUCAUCGCUGUGACAUCCUAUCAGAACCACAAGAUCACACAGCUGAAGAUAGAGAAUAAUCCUUUUGCGAAGGGCUUCAGAGGCAGCGAUGACAAUGAGCUGCACCGCAUGGCCAAGCUACAAGGUAAGGAUUACCCAGUGGUCCCUCGCAGCACUGUCCGUCAGAGGGCCUGCUCCUCUGGGAGUCCGUUCAGCGGAGAGAGUCGAGGUCUGCGAGGCUCCCAGGCCGUUAGAUCCCCCUUCAGCUGUGAGAACGGCUUGACCCGAAGCAGUCCUCAGGAGCUGCUGAGCCCUGUUCCGUCACACUACAGCCUGCCUCAUCCACACCUGCAGCCCGGACAGCAGCCGCAGGUUUAUCACUGCACCAAGAGGAAAGUGGAGGAGAACUGCUCUUCAGGAAACCAGCAUCCCUACAAGAAACCCUUCGCCGGUAGCUCCCCAAGUGAGGGCGAAUCUUACUACCACCCCUCCUCCUACCCUCCUCCUCCGUCUGGUCUCUCGGCCAACCCUGCCCUGGGCCUCACCGACUCCCCCUACACCUCAGACAUGGGACAGCGUCAGGCGUGCAUGUUUGCCGGCUCGGAGCACAGAAUGGAUGAACUCAGCUGUGCAUCCUGGUCUUACACCUGCCCUCUGCCUGCCGCCAUGACCCCCAUGGAGCCCUACCCGCCUUACACCCCUCACCCCCCCUACAGCUCCAGCCCCCAGGGCUCCCGACUCAGCGCUAUAGCCCACCAGAGCUCCCCGCCGCUGGGGGAGCACAUUACCCACGAUCCCUACCAGACCCAAAGCUCCGGACCUCCAUCUCAGAGCUCCCAAAACAUUCACAACAGGCAGCUCAGCUCUCCGCUCAGAGAAUACCCUCGCUACACGCCCAACCUGUCUCCCCCCCUCUACCACACACUAGAGACGCACACACACAUCCGCUGUGGAGUGCCUGAAUGGAGUGCAGCCUCCUAACUGAACCGGAAGACAACCCCGAAAGACUGAAUAAUGGACAGAGAUUCCUUUCUGCUCUUCUGAAAGAUGCUGCACUGUGUACGGACUGAACAUGACAUAACUUUUGUAAAAUAAUUGUGAAAAGUGUGAUUUUGUGCCAUGUGAAGAGGUCUCAUCUGUUGUCAUGUUUCUCCCUCCUGCUGGAAGGAGCAGCGGAUUGUUAAGGACUAGUGAGGAUCUGGACGUCUAUGAUGUUGCAGAUGUUCAAGAAAAAAACAGUGUUGCUCCUUCUAAGCAGCACAGUGAACAUCAAAGUUGUGUUUUAUUGUCUUUGUGCAACUCAAAGACUGGCGUCAUUCAAAUGUUUGCACUGUGAGCCCUGCUAAGGCCAAACCAUGAACAGCACUACAGGCUGUUAUCCUCUCAAUGACUCCCGCUUUUUGCAUUGUGAAGGAUGUAAAUUGUGAUCCAUUGUCAGACAGGCAGUAACAUUUACUGACCAAAAUAAUCUCAGCUCUCAGUCCGAGGGAGACGUUUUUUUUUCUCUUUAGUGGAGGAAAACACGGCUCUACGCUCACUCUCAGUGAAGGAGAAUAGGCAUGAGUAGUCUGCACGUGUGUGUGCGUGUGUGUGUGUAUGUAAAGCCUAUGUCAGCUCAGCUCAAGGAUGCUAUGAGUUAAUUUCCAAUGAGACAGGCAGUAGUAGCUGCAGGCGCUGCACCAUAGAGAUAAACAGUUUGUUUAGACCAAGCUACAGGCUGAAGGACCUGUAAACACUCUUUCCACUGCAUUCUGGGUAAAUGCACAACUCAGCGUCACACAGCUGUCACUGCUGUCCUCUCAGUCACCCCCGCCUGACCAAUUGGCUUUCUCCGUUCACUGGGAGCUGACCAAUGACCGUGCGGCUCUCUUUCAUCCCCGGCCGACCGUGUUUUAUGCGUGCGUGUGUUGGCCCAUUUUCGUUUGUGAAUUAUUCAUGAGUCCAGUGUUGAUCCGUGACAUGUGAGGAUUGCUCAGCAAACGCAAAGACACACAGUGCUGUAAAUGUGAUAAUGUUGAUGCACCAAAACAUAUUAGUCUCUUGAUUGUAAAUCUGAAAUUGUCCCUGUCAUAGCCCUCCAUUACUCCAUUAACUGUGUUGACCACAAUUGGGCCAGCACAUUUCCUUGCAGAUUUGGGACACUUCAGUCCCUGUAGCUAACUGUAAAGAAACAUUUGUGGCUCUUUUUGUGCAAAAUAGAAGCAAGCUGAGAUUUUGAGUCAGUUUUGUGUUACGAUGCAGUUUUUACAUUUCUGUCCAGGUGUUUUGAAAUGCAGUCAUGUGUGAUAAGGUGCUCUAACAUUACAGACCAUCAGUUUGCAGAGAGGAGAUCCUCAUCAUUCCUUCUUAUGUGUUUGAUUUUGUGUGUGCGAAUGUGUGAGUGUGCCAACGGGAUGUAAAGAUUGUUUUAUAGGUUGUUUAUAGCCUCUCUCCCGCUAAUAGUAUUUAUUACUCUAGAUUUGUAAAGAAUAGUUUGGUGUUGACUUGUGAAACAUGAUGGUAUUGUUCAGAGAUAUUUGUUUCUCUUUGAGGGUUUGUUUCCAGUUCCACACUCCAUCUCCAAGUGGUGAUAAAUCGUCGUGAUUAAACAAGCAAACUUUUCUGUUCUAUGAAAACAAGUGCAGAUUUAUAAGCAAAAUAAAUUGAAUAAAUUUUAGAGAGAAAGCCAA